AUGGCCUCAAACACUGCCGAAGCAACGGCGCAACUCUCCCUCAUCGUGGAGUUCUCAGGUGGCCUCGAGAUGCUCUUCUCGGAUAUUCGCCGCCACGCCCUCACUCUGCCUGCUACGGACAAGGACGGCAACCCUUCCACUAUUGCGUAUUUGAUACAUCAUCUUUGUGAGCAUGUGAUGAAGGACACCCGCAGGGAGCUUUUCGUCCUGGACGGCCAUCUACGGCCAGGCAUCUUGGUUCUCAUCAACGAUGCGGACUGGGAGCUGGAGGGGGAAGAAGAGUAUCAGCUGAAUAGUGGCGACAAUAUCCUCUUCGUAUCAACCCUGCACGGUGGCUAA